GUUGCCCUGGGGGUUAGGUUGUUACCAGAUGCAACCUUUUCUUGAUUGGUGAGAACAGGAGAUGACGCUUCCUGGCAUAUAAGUGCAAGAGAAAACACGGGGAGCCCAGAUAAGCAGAGCAAGCAAGCCACCUGGAAAGAAGACCUGAGAAGGUGUUUAAAGCAGUUGCCUGCCAUGGUAUUUGGAAUGCUAAUCUAUAUUUUGCUGAAAGCAAUGGGGGCACUGAGUGAAGAGUCAGCUAUUACUGCUUCAUCCCUCAGCACUGACUUAUGGAAUUGGACAAAAAACAACGCUGAAGUAGAUUAUACAGAGCAGCCAAAGCUCUUGAAGCUGAUGCAGACCUGCCUUGAGGAACACCACAGCUAUUGUAUCAAUGGGCUCUGCGCCUUCCACAGCGAACUGAGGAAGCCCAUAUGCAAGUGCCUUGCGGGUUACAAUGGAGAGAGGUGUGAACAUUUAACACUAAAUUCGUACGCACAUAAUUCUUACGAGCGCUACAUUGCUGUGGGAAUUGGUGUAGGAAUACUGACCAGUGGGAUACUCGCCAUCAUCUACUGCUAUGUAAGAAAGAGAUGCAGGAAACUGAAAUCACCCUACAAAGUGUGCGUGGGCGAGACGGCGUUGUGAAGGCCUGGCGCUGGAACACUCACCAGUUUGCCUGCUAAGAAGGAAGGCCCCCUGCGCCAUCGGACAGGUACCCCGGCCUCGCUGAGGAGAUGGACUCCAGGGAACGGCGGAGAAGUGCGCCAAGGGAGCUCCCGCAGGACUGACAGGCUCUGUGUGUUGUUGAAGAAAGAAUUCCUCUCUUGGGUGAGGGUGGCUCAUGCUCAGGUCCAAGCAGCUGAGGACACUGGCAGGCCUCUCAGCCCUGUCCUAUGCCCGGUGUUUGCCAUGGGGAGGACUGGUUGGUUUUAGCUGUUUUCAGACAUUUCAAGCGCUCCUACAGUGUUCUGCUUUAGUCUUUUGUGUGUUUGGUUUUGUUUUGUUUUCUUUUUUCUCCUCUGGAGGAUAAGCACCACCUCCCUCACAGUGGAGCUGUAUUCUGGACAUCAUGCACUGACCACAAACCAUUUGGGUUCUGAUUUUGGUGUCUGCUGGCUGUGUGUGUGGAUUAACAGCCCUCUCCCAAUCCAACAGUUACUUUUGGCGUGCUGGACCAAGUAUGGGCUUCUGGUGCCAUAAAGGACAAAAAAUGCUUUGGACUGAGGAAAAUGUCCGGUUCUCAAAACCUUCCUUGAAUUAGAAUGCAGAGAGUAGGCGAUUCCUGGAAAAUCAGACCGUGACACCUCUGGGCAUGGCAUUUUCUUACUGUUUCCAUAAGCAAAGCAACCAGAUGCCUUUCUCAAAAUGGAUUAUGGAGUGUGCUCGUGACAAAGAACUCUCCUCUUUCCCAAACAUCCUGUAGCAACUCCUCAGUUCCAAGGAAUUUCAGGUAGAACAUUGCCUUGCUGCACCCUGAUUUCUACACAAGACUUGAAUUGCUAGAGAAUCUGGAAUUUCAUUAUGAAACUUCAAUACAGCUUUUCCCAGGAAACAGACUUUCUCUAUUCCAUUUGCAAAUUACGAGCACAAUGUGACCACUCAAAUAAGAAAGAAAUUAUUUUAGGGAUUCAGUUUCACCCUGGACUAAUAGAUUCCAUAUUGGAUGCUUGGUUCUAUUCAUCUUCUCUACAAAGAAUUGGGAAGUUAAAAAGAUUUGGUUCGAGGAGAAGGGAAGAAAAUUGAUUCCGAAGAUGGUGGCACUAACUGGGACUUCUCACUGACAGCUGGAGUGUUUGCCAGUGCUGAUGUGACUAGAGAUGGCUCUCAGAGAUUUUCAUUUCAGCUGUUGCACAUGGUAGACUCAUCUGCUGUGCUCAGCCAUCUACCAGAGAAAGGCAGUUGGUACUUUGAGAUCUUGUGGGCUAAUACUGGCUCCUAAAUUCAGGUGCCCUGCUGGAGGCUCAAGUUCUUUGUUAUGUGAGUUAAUUUUCACAACAAGGGUGCGUGUUGUUUGUUGAAAAAACUGUGUAUUUGUGAGACUACGGUGACACUGCUGAAUUGUGGAUGAACGGUGGGGUUUGAAAGGGUAAAGGUGCAUGUGGCACUUGAAUGGUCUGAAG